AUGAUAAUAAAAAUAUUGAAACAAAAUCUUUUGAAAUUGCUUGUAAAGAAGAUAAUAAUACUGCUUGAAUAAACAAGAAUCUCAAGAAAUGAAUAAAUUCAAAUUUUACUUCAAUUAUUGGAAUUAUUUGAAUAUAAUCUCAAGGAUAAAACUAGAUCACCACUUCUUUAAAUAGUUGUAUGA